AGUAUGGAGUUCAAGGGAGAGAGUAGUGGGCACCCGAGAGUAGGUGGGGUUUUGAAAAUGAAAAGUGUGAAAACCUCACCAAAACUUCAUUUUGGAUUGACUAAGAAAGAUCUUAACUUACUUUUCUCAUUUUCAUGUUUUAAACUUGUUUUAUAUAUAAUUUUCUAUUAAACCUUAUUUUUUCAAAAAAAAGAAAAUAAUAGAAAAUUAAUUCAAUAAAUAGUGAGACUUUAGAUUUACACUAUAUAGGUAGAAUAGAUGUGUAGAAAAAUUAUUUGGCUGGUUUAGACAAGGUACCAAAAAAACUUGCUUAAAUAUGAGGCCGUUUAUCCUACCUUUGGAGGUCAUUUGAGACACACUUUUCAUGACUAUGAGUUCAACUUACCAAAAGGGCUCGGAAUGAUCAGCAAGCAAACAUAUUUCAGUUGAGGUACUUUAGAUAGCAUUAAAACAUCAAUACCCCAUCCCUAAUUCAAAUUUGAGCCCAAAUUUGAAUUUAAAUUUGAAUUUUAUUUGGUUGGUUUAGACAAGGUACCAACAAACAAGUUCGAAUAGAAAUACGGGGAUACAUAGUGACUACCAGUACGCACCAAGUUACAAAUAUUAUUACAUGCCCCAAAUUUUCAAACUGUUCUCUGUUCUACCUCUUCCUACCACGUCGCGUGCCCUUCUUCGCCUUAGCACUUCUUGUUUUUGGUUCUACUACACACACAAGUUCACUUAUCAUCUUGGUUUUCUUCACUGGUCUUUUCAACACCUCGCCAACACCCUCGUGAUCAGUGUCUUCAGUCUCAAUGUUGACAGCAGUUUCAGUUUCUUCGGUGUGUACCCCAACAUGGGUUUCUUCAGUCUGAACCUCGACACGCUCAGGUUCAGUUUCUUCGGUGUGUACCUCAACAUGGGUUUCUUCAGUCUGAACCUCGACACGCUCAGGUUCAGUUUCUUCGGUGUGUACCUCAACAUGGGUUUCUUCAGUCUGAACCUCGACACGCUCAGGUUCAGUUUCAACCUCGAGAGCAGUUUCUUCAGUCUGAAUGUUGACUGCAGCAAGAUUUUCUUCAGUCUGCUCAGGCUCAGGCACACUUCUCUUCUUUCUACCGCCAUUGACUCUUACUUUUUUGUUGGCCAACACUGUUCAACAACAAGGGGCUGACUUGCUCGCUUCCUCCUGGCCAUUGGGAAAAUGUUAUAGAUAUAGUAAUUGGAAAAAAGCACCAAAUCAAAACACAAAAAAAUACACAAGAACAUACUUUGGCUUAUCAGGAGUGUAACGGCAUUUGACAGAUCCCACUUUGUGCCCAAGUUCCUGGCACAACUUGCAUCUGUUUUUGUUACCUUUUUGGGCCCUUUUUGGCUUUCCAUCUUCCUUUCCCUUCUUACUACUCCCACCUUUCUCAAACCAUGCCUUGA